ACGCGGGGAUUUUACGCGCAUGCGCACAGCCUAUGGUACGCUGUGGUGACUGCCGAGUGGUGGGAAGAAGGACAAGGAGUGGUGGGGCGAAGGGGGGGAUAACGGGUCGAACGAGCUAACCUAAAAUCCCCGCGUCGCCCUCUCGGCUAUUGGUUCUCUCUCUCUGUUUUUUCGGUCUUGUUUUCCAGUUCGUUUCGUUCUGAAUCCAAUGGCUAUCGCAUUCGUGAGUCGUUGGGUCCUCCUCGGGUUUAUCUUUGUUCGUGUCUUUGUUACUCCGAGGGGGGGGGGGGGGAGAGGGGUUGGCUCACUCAGGGCUUUUUUUUUUUUAAAGUGGAAAUGCUCCUUCUGACGGCUUUGUAUCUCCCUCAUUUGCCUCUGCGAACUGGAGAUCGCUAUUUUCCAUUGGAUCCAUGGGGACGACGCAGACGCUGUGCACCGCUGGUGCCCUUCAUUCGACCGGAUAGACACUUCGGGGAGAAGUGUUUUUCAACGGUGGACUGUGGACGAACGUUGAACGCCUUGGCAGGGGGAGAUUUUUGGGGGGAUGGGGAAAGUUCUUUUGUUUUGGGGAGCUUCCUGGAGAUUAUAGGGCCUUGAGGGGCGAGGGGAAUUGAGAUUCUGAGGGGUUUCGCGGUAUUUUUGGAUCUGUGGGACAGCUGGACUGAUGGAUCAUCAGCGAUGGAAGGAUUUGCAGCGAUUUUGGGUGAAUUUCGAGACUCAUAUACAUUUGUUUUUAUUUUUAAUUAGAAAUUGUGAAUAGUUGAGAAUUUCUCAUGUGAUGGGAAAAAUUGGUUGAUAAACGACUAGUUUUACUGGUGACUUUGGCUUUUUAGGGUCAUUCAUGUCCUCAAGUCAAAAUGUUAUCAAUUAUUGGGGUAAUUAAAAGCGAAAUGCAGUCUUGCAGUGGGAUUGAUAAGAUGGGAGAACCCUCUGUAACAUCAAGCGAUCCAAAUGAACGGAAAUUAGCGAGAAGGAUCAGGAUCCAGAGGACAUUGGAAGCACAGAAAAAGAGGCACGAUCCCACGGAAGAUGAGGCGAUCGUUGAAAAAACGGAGACUGAAAAGCAAAUUGAUGCUAGCGAAGAGCUGCUACAGAAGUUGAUAACUGAGGGCAAUGAAAUAAUUUCGAACGUAAGAGUAGCCAAUGACGCACGAGAAGUUGCUCGCCGAGAAGACGAGAUCGCCACCCGUAACACUCUCCUGGAAAGUCUAGAAAAAGAAGCUGCUGAUUCGUUGGAGAAAUACGAGAAAAUAACUUCCAAAUGGGCUCCAAUUCUAGCUUCAAAGGAUCCUCUGGACAUUCACGCAGGCAUUCAGUCUCAAACGGCCCAAUGUAACGAAGUGCUGGCUCAAAAGGACAUUAUAAUAUCCGAAUUGAAACAAGAACUCGAAAACGCCGAUUUAAAAUUUGAGAAUGACCAGAAGAAGCAGAGUGACGAUAUUAAUUUGCUGAUAGAGAGGAUUGAAAUGCAAACAACUAUAAUGUCGAGGGCCUACCGCCGUGAGAUAGCUCUAAUUGAAGAUACCCUGAAGAAUGAAAGAACCUCUCUCCUCGAGACAAUAACAAAAAAAUGGGAAUCCCUGUACGAAAAGCGCCAGGAGAACGAAAUUGACGGUUUGGAACGGAGGAGGCAAAUAAUGCGUGAGUACGAGCGAGAAAUGGAGAGUGUGUUAAUCGACCAUCAAGAGCAGUACAGAUCGCAAAAAAUUUGGCUCGAGACGGAGUGUCAAAAGCUUCAGCAGGAGGUUCAGAACAUGCAGGCACUUUGCAUGAUGAAUAUUGAAAAAUUAAAUUACAGUUAUGCUGUGCUAAAACGCCGGGAGGGCGAGAACACGAUUGUGAAGAAUCAGCAGAAAAAGAGGAUCAAUAAACUUCACGAUGCCAUAAACGGUUUGAAGAAGAGUUACUUGGAUUUAGAGGAGAGCACAAGAAUGAAGAUUGAAAAGCUGCAGGAACAAGUGUUGAAGGCGCAUAAAAAUAUUCAAGAGUUGGAGGCCAAGUCUCGACAUUUUAGCUCUGUCAAUGACAGACAAUUCAUGCAAAUCUGGGAGAUGAAUAGUAAAACAGCCGAUGACCUGCUCAAUAAGAUUUUGGCUGCUGAUCAGAUAAUCCACGAGCAAAUGCUGGGGUUGGAUUGGAAACCACCGGAGGAAAAAUUAUUGAAGAAGGAAGACCUUCCGUCUUAUCGCAAAGCGAUGGAAGUCAUCCAGCAAAGAGCAGCAGAUCACGAGGAAAUAAUGAAACUAUGCUCCCCCGAGAAGCGACACAUCUCUCCAGAGGGCAAACUUCAGGAACAAAAAAUAUUAAAUCACAUAAUGAGACAAAUUUCCGAUCAAACUGGUUUCCUGAUCGAAGACAAAAUGAGGGAGCUUCUAUCGACUCACGGGGAUAAUGACCAAAUAGUCAUUCGACUGGAUAACGUGUUUCAGGCGCUGAACAUAUCAUCAGAGGAUCAGGUUAACCUCCUUGUGAAGUUCUUUCUGCCAUACGCCCACUGUCCAGUCUGUGAUGAGGCAGAAAAACAACGGAAGCUCCUGGAGCAGAUGCCCCCUGACGAGCCAGACGGGCACAUCUGCCUCUGCGACGAAGACAAAGAGUCCAUUCGCCUGAUCACGCGAGUCCUGAAACACCUGGACGACUCAAAACCUGAGGAGAAGGCACCAAUCCCCGAAACAACCCCAGAAGCCACUCCAACGCAUUCAGAGUCGUCAACAAGCAGUGAAGGUUCGCCUCCUGAAUCCGACGUUGCGUCAACUCCCCAGGGGGAAAAAUUCACGUGUUCCGAAGGACAUUUACUCCAGAUUCACUCAGAAAAUGUCAUAAAAGCCCUCCGGGAGUUCGUGGAGAAGUAUCACGAGGCGCAGCGCGCAGAGGACCUAUGGAAGGAUGGGAAAUUAUCCCAGAGCGUUACUCUCUCGAGAAGUAUAACAGAACAGGACAUGACCAAUUACUGGGGGAAAUACAGAGAAAUAUUCUCCGGGAAUAAGGAAAAGCUGUGGGAUGCUCUUCUCAUCGGUCUACACAAGUACCACGAGACCUUGAAGGAGAGACAGAAAUUGAGGCACGAGACCGAUUCCCUGCGGCAGCAGAAUGACGAGCUAAGGAGGCUCCUGGAGACGUACAAAGUUAAGUCUGACAUUUGCUGCGUACCAAGCACUCGAUCGAGAUCAGCGAAUAGAAUAUCCUGAGGAAAAUUUCAAUCACCUAUUCUUGAAAUAACAUCGAUUCAUCACAGAUUUUUCCUCAAAUUCACCUUUGCAUAUGAAUUUAA